AUGACUGUUAGCGCUCCAGUGAAAAAUAAUUAUGACUCCGCACUAGCUGAGGUAGACAAUAUUGAAAAAUGGACGGAAACAAACAGAAUGUCAUUAAAUCUAGAUAAAACAUGGGAAAUGGUUGUAAGUGGCAAAUCAACAAAUCCUUUACCAGAACCAAUAACGGGUAUCGAACGCAAGACUUGGCUGAAACUAUUGGGAACCACACUGCAGAAUGAUCCAAAUUGUUGGGACCUUCAAGUUAAUAAUUUGAUAUCUAAAGCUAGCAGUCGAAUGCACAUUUUGAGAAUAUGCAGAUCGUAUGGCUACUCUAAAAAAAAUUUAACAAUUCUCUUCGACGCACUUAUUAUGUCUUUAUUUUCUUAUGGAAUCGAA